AUGAUAUAUUUCGUUGCCUAUAUCUAUCUAUCUAUCUAUCUAUCUAUCUAUCUAUCUAUCUAUCUCAUCUGUUUAUCUAUCUCAUUCUGUUUAUUUCUAUCUAUCUAUCUAUCUAUCUAUCUAUCUAUCUAUCUAUCUAUUUUGCUAACUCAUUCUGUUCCAUUAUCUAUCUUUCUAUUUCUCUCACUGUCUCUCUUUUCUCUAACUCAUCUCAGUCUGUUUCCAUUAUGUAUUAUCUAUCUAUCUAUCUAUCUAUCUAUCUCAUUCUGUUCAUUGUGUAUUUCUCUAUCUAUCUGUCUCAUUCAUUAUCUAUCUAUCUAUCUAUCUAUCUAUCUAUCUAUCUAUCUAUCUAUCUAUCUCAUUCUAUUCAUUGUGUAUUUCUCUCUCUAUCUCUCUAUCCCAUCAAUUAUCUAUCUAUCUAUCUAUCUAUCUAUCUAUCUAUCUAUCUAUCUAUCUAUCUAUCUCAUUCUGUCCAUUGUGUAUUUCUCUAUCUCUCUAUCUCAUUCAUUAUCUAUCUAUCUAUCUAUCUAUCGAUCUAUCUAUCUAUCUAUCUAUCAGUACAAGACAUUUAUUUCAAUUUCCUUCAUGUCAUCUAUUAUUUUGUCGAUGUGUACUCAUUAUUAUAUCUGUUAUAUUGCCAUUAAAAUCUGUGUCCAUAUGACUAUCUCUCUAUACCUGUGUGUCAAUUAUCUAUCUAUUUAUCUAUCUAUCUAUCUAUCUAUCUAUCUAUCUAUCUAUCUAUCUAUCUGUCCGUCUAAGAUGGAAAUCUAUCUAUCUAUCUAUCUAUCUAUCUAUCUAUCUAUCUAUCUCAAUCUGUUCUUAUCUAUUAAAUUCAGUCUGUUCAUAUCUAUCUAUCUAUCGAUCUAUUUAUCUAUCUAUCUAUCUAUCUAUCUAUCUAUCUAUCUCAGUCUGUUAAUAUCUAUCUAUCUAUCUAUCUAUCUAUCUAUCUAUCUAUCUAUCUAUCUCAUUCUGUUCAUAUCUAUUUAUUUCAGUCUGUUAAUAUCUAUCUAUCUAUCUAUCUAUCUAUCUCAUUCUGUUCAUAUCUAUUUAUUUCAGUCUGUUAAUAUCUAUCUAUCUAUCUAUCUAUCUAUCUAUCUAUCUAUCUAUCUAUCUCAAUAUGUUAAUACCUAUGUUUCUCGGUCUGUAAAUAUCUAUCUAUCUAUCUAUCUAUCUAUCUAUCUAUCUAUCUAUCUAUCUCAUUCUGUUCAUAUCUAUUUAUUUCAGUCUGUUAAUAUCUAUCUAUCUAUCUAUCUAUCUAUCUAUCUAUCUAUCUAUCUCAAUAUUCUGUUAAUAUCUAUCUAUCUAUCUAUCUAUCUAUCUAUCUAUCUAUCUAUCUAUCUAUCUGUGUAUCUCAGUUUGUAA